AUGGUCGUCUUCUCCAUUAUUAGACAUUCCAUAUUUUUGCGUUCUCCUCUGUCUGCUGAAACAUUUUUUGGUCUACACUCUCUUGUUUGUUUUCCCCUCGUGCAUUUUCUUCGUUGCUGUCUUCUCCCCCCCCUCCUCCGUGUUGACAGAUGCAAAGGCACACUGCUUGACGUGGUCUCAAAUGACAUUGUCGUCUUGUUUGCUUUUUCAGAAUAUGACUUGGACGGCGGUAACAAGCGACCAAGAACAACCAUCACAGCAAAACAGCUGGAGGCCUUAAAACGAGCAUACAAUGAGAGUCCAAAGCCGGCACGUCAUGUCCGGGAGCAGCUGAGUGUUGAAACCGGACUUGACAUGAGAGUGGUUCAGGUCUGGUUUCAGAACCGACGAGCGAAGGAAAAGCGGUUGAAGAAAGAUGCCGGGCGGCAGAGGUGGAGCCCUUACUUUAGACAGAUGAAGAGAAAUGGAGACCCGGAUAGCUCGCUCAGCGCCGACGACAGAUCAGAUGAUGGCCUUACAGAGGCUUCCUAUGCCAGUGAGUAUCCAUAUUACGGACGAAUAAAAAUAAUUCUAAAAAUAUUACUUCCCGUCGCUUACCCACGUCAAAUCGCAAAUUCUUCUUCUUCUUCUUCUUCUUCUUUUUCUUCUUCUGCUGAUGAUGAUGAUGAUGAUUCUUCUCCUCCUCCUCCUUCUUCUUCUCCUCCUCCUCCUUCUUCUUCAUCUUCUUCUUCUCUUCCUCCUCCUCCUCCUCCUUCUUCUUCUUCUUCUUCUUCUACUCCUCCACCUCCUUCUUCUUCUUCUUCUUCUUCUACUCCUCCACCUCCUUCUUCUUUUCUUCUUCUUCUUCUUCUUAAUAAUAAUAAUAAUAAUAAUGAUGCAAAAAAUUAA